GAAAGGUAAAGAACCAAAUCGAUCCGGUGACCCACACCCACCCACCUAAGCUGCAGUAAGCUGCAGCAGCCAGCCUACCUUCCUCCCUCUGGUCUCCGUCUGCCAGCUCCACCAGCGUCGCAGUUGCCGGCGUUGUUGCAGCCGGUGUCGCUGAUCCGUUCUCACCUCUCAUGCGUUGCUACUUGCUACCGCCACAGUGCUACUCCGUCUCUGUCGGUACCCAAAUCGCCGUUACUGCGUCCUUAAUUGCUUCUCCGGUCUCCGCCGAGUGACGUCGUCGACGCAAAAAAAUGAGAAGUGGUCUGAGAUGGGCUACAGCUGAGGAUUUAAACAGUGGCCCUCAGAGUCUCUUAUCACAAGUAUUUACCAAGGAGCGUUUCAUUCCAAUCUCCAACUUCAGCUCUAAUCCCUGUGCUGUUCUCAGGAAGUUAUGGUCUGAGAAGACAGAUAAUCAUACUAGGGUUCAAGAGCUCCACCAAAAUGAGAAACCCAGAUCAAGGAAUUCGUGUAAAAGAGCCAAAGACAUGGCUAAUCUCAUCAAUUACAAACCUUGGUCAAAUCAGUUGCUGUCUUCAUUCACUACCCUUCUUUCCAAAACCAAUGUGCUUCAGACUUUACGCCAUAUCAAGGAACCUUCCAAGGCCUUUCAGUUCUUCAAGUGGGCACAUGAAAUGGGUUUCCCGCACAAUGCUCAAUCCUACUUCAUGAUGUUGGAAAUCCUUGGUCGUCAGAGGAAUCUCAAUGUUGCUAGGAAUUUUCUGUUUUCCAUUGAGAAAAAGUCCAAUGGAGAAGUCAAGCUUGAGGAUAGGUUCUUCAAUAGCUUAAUUAGAAGUUAUGGUGAAGCCGGCCUCUUCAAAGAAUCCAUUAAGCUUUUUGAGACUAUGAAAUCAAUUGGUGUAUCACCAUCUGUGGUCACAUUCAACAGUGUUUUGUCUAUAUUGCUAAGGCGGGGCCGGACCAAUAUGGCAAGAGCUGUGUACGAUGAAAUGCUUGGGACAUACGGUGUCACUCCAGAUGUGUACACAUACAAUAUUUUGAUCAGAGGGUUUUGCAAGAAUUCCUACAUUGAAGAAGGGUUUUGGUUCUUUAAAGAGAUGACGAGCUUUGAUUGCGAUCCGGAUGUUGUUACAUAUAAUACACUCGUUGAUGGCUUGUGUAAAGCAGGGAAGGUUAGUAUAGCGCAUAACUUAGUGAAUGGUAUGAACAAGAAAUGCAAAGAUUUGAAUUCUGAUAUUGUGACUUACACAACUUUGAUUAGAGGGUAUUGUAUGAAACAACAAGUAGAUAAAGCAUUGUUUCUUCUUGAAGAGAUGACUAGUAGGGGGCUAAAGCCAAAUGUAAUUACGUACAAUACUCUGAUAAAAGGAUUAUGUGAGGGACAAAAGUUGGACAAGGUAAAGGAUAUUUUGGGCCAAAUGAUGGGAGAUGGGACUUUCGUACCAGAUACAUAUACCUUCAAUAUAUUAAUUCAUGCACAUUGUUCUUCAGGAAACCUGGAUGAAGCAUUUAAGGUGUUUGAAAACAUGAAAAACCUUCAAGUCCCAGCAGAUUCAGCCUCGUACAGUGUUCUGAUUCGGAGUUUGUGUCAGAGAGGUGACUAUGAUGCAGCAGAGAAGCUGUUUGAUGAAUUAUAUGAGAAUGAAACCUUGUUAAGUAAUUAUGGUUCCAAGCCAAUUGCUGCCUCAUAUAGUCCUAUUUUUCAAUAUUUGUGUGAACAUGGGAAAUCUAAGAAGGCUGAGAAGGUACUUAGACAGCUAAUGAAAAGGGGAACACAAGAUCACCUAUCAUAUAAGACCGUGAUUAUGGGGCACUGUAAAGAAGGCGCAUAUGAAAAUGGUUAUGGGAUUUUGGUAUGGAUGCUAAGAAGAGAUUUUGUUCCUGAUUUUGAGAUAUAUGAUUGUUUGAUUGAUGGUUUUCUUCGGAAGGAUAAGCCUCUUCUUGCAAAGGAGACUCUAGAGAAAAUGCUAAAGAGCUCAUAUAAACCUAAAACAUCUACCUUGCAUUCUAUAUUGGCAAGAAUUUUGGAAAAAGGUUGUGUUCAUGAGUCUACCUCCCUUAUUGUCAUGAUGCUGGAGAGAAAUAUUAGACAAAAUAUAAACCUGUCAACUGAGAAUUUACUGCUCCUUUUUGGCUCUGGACUGCGAGAUAAAGCAUUUCAGAUUAUUGAGUUGCACUAUAAGAAUGGAUACCGUGUUAAAAUAGAAGAAGUGGUUCAAUUCCUUUGCCAAAGAGGAAAGCUACCAGAAGCAUGCAAGAUGUUGUUGUUUAGUAUGGAACAUCAUAGAAAUAUUGAUAUUGACUUGUGUAAUUCAGUUAUUGCGGCCCUUUGUAAAAUUAACAAGGUUUCAGAAGCAUUUAAUUUAUGCUAUGAAUUAGCAGAGAAAGGUUUACAUCAGGAACUGACAUGCCUAAAUGAUCUGAUAGCAGCUCUAGAGGCAGGAGGGAGAUUAAAGGAAGCUGCAUUUAUAUCGAAGAGAAUGCCAAGAGUCGACCUAAAGUGAGUUAAAUUCACUUCUUUUUCAUAUAUUGAUAGCAUAAUAAGCUUCUGAUGCUGCAUAGUUAUCUCUGUUUCAUCUUUAGAAUAUUUUUGUUAUUACACAAA